AAUCACACUCCUCCUAAACCCUCGAAUCAAUUCUCAUCGACAUUUUAUUUGUUCCUGAUUUCGUAUAAAUCCAUUGCAAUUCAUCCAUUUCAUCAACUAAAAAAGAACCCUAAUUCUGUAGUAUCAAUCAGUAUUUAUCAAUUUCCGGAUUUGGGUAAGGUGGUUCUUGAGUGGCAUUGAUCAUUACACUACCAAUUCCAAAACCCUAAAGUUCAUAGUUUUUUCUAGGGUUAUGGAAGCGCUUUUCGGUGUUUGUUCAAAUUCAUUGUUUCCGUCAAUCCAAAACCACAAAAACACAAUCCUUUUGCCAUUCCCCAAUUCUGCUCAUCUUCCAUUCAGCUCCCAACUAAAAUCCCAGAACAGGGUGUCCUUAAAACCCCAUGAUUUGCCCCCCUUUGAAGCAUCAAAUAAUCUAUUAUUGAAAUGUAUAAGCAGCGAUGAACGAUUAGGAACAAGUGUUGAUGAAGGAGAUAGUUUGAAGGAUGGUGUUCGAAUUAAAAAUCUUGCUGUUUUUGUCUCUGGCGGUGGUUCGAAUUUCCGAGCUGUUCAUGAGGCAAUUCUUAGAGGAGAAGUUCAUGGACGCUUUGUUGUCCUUGUUACCAACAAACAUGAUUGUGGAGGUGCACAGUAUGCAAGAGAGAAUGGCAUUCCUGUUAUAAUAUACCCCAAUACAAAAGGUGAACCAGAAGGUCUGUCUUCAAAUAAUCUGGUAGCUGUUCUAAGUUCGUACGAGAUUGACUUUAUUCUUCUGGCUGGAUACCUGAAGCUUAUACCAUCGGAGCUAAUCCGAGCUUAUUCAAAUUCGAUCUUAAAUAUUCAUCCUUCACUUCUUCCGGCAUUUGGAGGCAAAGGGUACUAUGGUGCAAAGGUGCAUAAAGCUGUCAUUGCUUCUGGAGCCAGAUACUCGGGGCCCACAAUCCAUUUUGUUGAUGAGAAUUAUGACACGGGUCGUAUUCUAGCUCAACGAAUAGUUCCUGUGCUUGCUAACGACACUGCUAAAGAACUUGCUGCUAGGGUUCUCCGUCAGGAACAUAAAAUGUAUGCAGAGGUAGCAGCUGCAAUAUGUGAAGAACGCGUGAUUUGGAGAGAAGAUGGUGUUCCCUUGAUACGAAGCAAAGCUAACCCCGAACAUUAUAGCUAACAGACGGAUACCGUUAUCUUCCAAUUUGGCGUCGGGAUGCAUUUACUGGUGUGUGCACUUUUUGUAGACCCUGUUCUUGUUGUUCAGAAAUGAGUUUAAGGGAAUAAUGUUUUCAUAUGAUGUUACAUAGUCUUUUAAAAGAUUUCUUGUUUUGUUGAACUACAAAACUUUUGGGAUAAAACUCCCUUCAGUAGCAGCAGUACAAAGUCUCUUUACCUCUGUGUAUUUUGUACCGUGACGGUACUGACGAGAGUGAGGUAUGCAGAUAAAAGAAUUGUGUACUUUCAAUUCGAUAAACAGUUUAGUAAUUUACC